AUGUCUUUCCCUCAACUGGGAUACCCCCAGUUUCUCGGUGCCUCCUCUCACGAGAUGUACACCGGAGAGCGCCCGGCGUCUGCCAGGGAAGGAAGUGCAGAUAGCGGCGUGAGCUCGCCCACCAACGCCGUAGCAGCUGCUGCCGCGGUGGGCUCUAUGCUGGGAAUGUACGCAAGUCCUUGGGCGCCUCACAACUACAGUGCCUUUCUUCCGUACAGCGGCAACACGGACCUCGCGCUGCUCUCACAGAUGGGCUCUCAGUAUGACCUGAAGGACAGCCCAGGCGCGCACCCUGCCUCGCUCCCCGUGCACGCGGCUCAAGGCUUCUAUCCUUACGGCCAGUACCCGUACGCGGACCCCAGCAGAACCAAGACCGCAACACGAGAGACCACCAGCACGCUGAAGGCCUGGCUCCAGGAGCAUCAGAAGAACCCCUACCCCACUAAAGGAGAGAAGAUCAUGUUAGCCAUCAUCACAAGGAUGACCCUCACACAGGUAUCCACGUGGUUCGCCAACGCUCGACGGCGCCUGAAGAAGGAGAACAAGGUGACAUGGGGGCGCAGUGCCGAGGACCGUGACGGACGCAUCUUUAGCAGCGACAACGAGGACGAGCCGGGAAAAACCGGCAGUGACGAGGACGAGGAGAUCGACCUGGAGACUGUAGAUCUGGAGCGACCGGAGGAUCAGCCGCAACGGGGAGCGGAUGAAGCACAGGCGGGAGGCCUUAGCAGAGAGGCCUCGGAGAACAGCAGAACUCAGUCUGGGGAAGGCCUCAGGGCCGAGAGUGAGGCCGGUGUUCCUCAUAAUAAAGCCGCUCCGGAGCGUUCUCCAAGCGCUAACGAGUGCCACAGAGCGCCACAGAGCAAACCCAAAAUCUGGUCCCUGGCUGAGACAGCCACGACCCCGGACAGCACACCCAAAGCACCUGCACACGGAGCACUGGGAUCCGCGGGACACCCGGCCUUGCUGCCCGGUCAUGGGAUUUACACAUGUCAUAUCGGCAAGCUGCACAAUUGGGCCAACUCAGCGUUUCUGAACGCUAAUUCAUUAUUGAACAUGAGGUCUCUUUUGGCCACCCCUUCUGCAGCCCACGCGCACCUGCCGCUCCAUAGCGCGGUUACGGCUGCGCGCCAUGACGCACGAGUGACAGCGCGGGGGCCAGGCACCUCAGGCACAGAAGACGACAGCGAUGUGGAGUCAUCAGGAAGCUUCAGCCCAAAAAGAGACGAGGAAGAGAGUGACCACAGGCCCGACUCAGUCAAAUCCUCGUUCCAGUUGAUCACUGACAGACCUCACCAUGGAGCACAGAGAGCCCUGACAACGACACUAUGA